GUUUCUUAUGUGGUUGGAAAUGGGUUUAAGGGGAGUGAAAGAGUUGCUGAAUAAGUCAAGGAAAGAAAGCAACUGCGGUUAUGUUAUCUUUACAAAGCCGACGCUCGGUGUUCGGUCAUCACAAGCUCGGGUCGUGACUCAAGGUAGUGCCGUUGCUUCUAGUCUGGCAGGCCGGAAGAUACGUCGGUCCGUCUCCGAGUACCGCCCAUCAUUUUUGACAGCCUUGCGCGUUUACCCUGGAAUGAAUUUAGAGCCGCGCCGCGAAGCUUUGGGAAUCUGGGGCCACAGCAUUGACCGUCAUCUACGACCACCAGACGGCGUUAUACCCUGCCUUACCAUCUGAUCUGAUCAAGAGAGUGGUAUUGGAGAUAUAUCAGCCAGGGUCCACGCAGGGCCUCAGCCGCCCAUUGCACAAUGCGCCCUUCAACGAGACGCAGCAUCGACCUGCUCGUGCGGACUGCUACCCGGACGGCACGCCAACAUCAACACCGUCACUUUUCACAAACACGGCACUCACCCUCUUCGGUAAACCCAGAAGAGGUAUCUCACUUCAAUGCCCUCGCCUCGGCCUGGUGGGAGCCGCACGGCUCGUCGCGACUCCUCCAUCUCAUGAACCCGCUCCGCCACGACUUCAUCCAGCAGUGCCAGAAGACCUACGGGGCGGCACCAGCUCACGAACUACGAUUCCUUGAUAUUGGCUGUGGGGGAGGGAUAUUUGCAGAGUCCGCGGCACGAUUACCAUCUACAAAGUCUGUGACUGCGAUUGACCCGACGCCUGGGGUGCUCGCCAUUGCAGAGGCACAUAAGAAGCAGGACCCUUCGCUGAGCAACAAGCUCACAUACCUCAAUACAUCUCUCGAGGAGCUACCUGUGGGCGAGAUGUACGAUGUUGUCAGUGUAUUCGAAGUGAUCGAGCAUAUCACGACGCCCGCCACGUUUCUGGACGAGGUAGAGAAGCAUGUGAGACCGGGCGGGUGGCUGGUGAUGAGCACGAUUGCGAGGACAUGGAUGAGCUGGUUCACGACGAAUUUGGUGGCCGAGGAUAUACUGGGGAUUGUACCGAAGGGGACACACGACUGGGAGAAAUACAUCAAUGUGGACGAGCUGGAGAAGUACUUUGCAACGAAGGGCGGAUGGAGCAAGGCGGUGGUGCAGGGGGUGGUGUAUGUUCCAGGUGUGGGAUGGAAGGAGGUGGAGGGGAGUGAGAAGAUAGGUAAUUACUUCCUCGGUGUCAGGAAAGACACCGUUGCUUGAGGCUGUGGGUGGUGGUGGUGGUGGUGAAAAGGGAUAUGUACGAGUAUGGACACAUUGGUCACAUUGGGCACAUUGGGCGCGAGGCGUGACUGGAUACGGGAACUUCCAACCCGCCAUGGGGGAGCAUUACAGCGGGAAAAAGGAGUCGAGCAUACGAGCAGUAGUAUUAGCAGCAGAUUAUUUCCCUGAAUGAGGU